AGGGUGUAAACAUGGCGGCGGCCUUGGGGGAAGAUGAAAUAGACAACGAUGAUUAUUAUUCUCUCCUUAACGUCAGGAGGGAGGCCACACAGGAGGAGCUGAAGGCGUCCUACCGUCGGCUGUGCAUGCUCUAUCACCCUGACAAGCACAGGGAUCCAGAGCUGAAGAGGCAGGCGGAACAGCUGUUUAACCUGGUGCACCAGGCUUAUGAAGUCCUCAGAGAUCCCCAGUCCAGGGCCAUCUAUGACAUUUAUGGAAGGAGGGGGCUGGAGGUGGAGGGAUGGGAGGUGGUGGAGAGGAAGAAGACGCCGGCGGAGAUCCGCGAGGAGUUCGAGCGCCUGCAGAGGGAGAGAGAGGAGAGGAGGCUUCAGCAGAGAACCAACCCCAAGGGGAUGAUCAGCGUGGGCGUGGAUGCCACUGACCUCUUUGACCGUUAUGAAGAGGACUAUGAGGACAUGCCUGGGGGAGGCUUUCCACAGAUUGAAAUCAACAAGAUGCACAUAUCGCAGUCCAUAGAGGCCCCACUGACCACCAAGGACACGGCCGUCCUCUCUGGGUCCCUCUCCACGCAUAACGGCAACGGAGGAGGCAGCAUCAACGUGGCCCUGCGCCGCGUGACCUCCGCCAAGGGCUGGGGCGAGGUGGAGUUUGGUGCGGGGGACACACAAGGGCCCCUCUUCGGGAUGAAGCUCUUCCGUAACGUGACACCACGCUUCUUUGUGACCGCGCAGUGCGGGAUGCAGUUCUCCUCGCGUGGCGUGCGGCCCGGCGUUACCACGGUGCUAGCGCGGCACCUGGACAAGAACACCAUGGGCUACCUGCAGUGGCGCUGGGGCACCCAGUCAGCCAUGAACACCAGCAUCGUGCGGGACACCAAGACCAGCCACUUCACUUUCGCCCUGCAGCUGGGAAUCCCUCACUCCUUUAUGAUGAUGAGCUACCAGUACAAGUUCCAGGAUGAGGACCAGACCAAGAUCAAGGGCUCCGUCAAGUCGGGUUUCUUCGGCACGGUGGUGGAGUAUGGCGCGGAGCGGAAGAUCAGCCGGCACAGCGUGCUUGGGGCGACCGUCAGCAUAGGGGUCCCGCAGGGGGUCUCCCUCAAAAUCAAGCUGAACCGGGCCAGUCAGACGUACUUCUUCCCCAUCCACCUGACGGACCAGCUCCUGCCCAGCGCAGUCUUCUACGCCACCGUGGGCCCGCUGGUCGUCUACCUGGCCAUCCAGCGGCUCAUCAUCGUUCCCUACGUGCGCGCACAGAAGGAGCAGGACCUGGAGAAGCAGCGGGAGAGCCUGGCCUCGGACAUCGCCCAGAAGAAGCAGGAGGCGGAGACCGCUGUCCUGCUGAUGCAGGAGUCCGUGCGCAGGAUCAUUGAAGCAGAGGAGUCGAAAAUGGGUCUGAUCAUCCUGAAUGCCUGGUAUGGCAAAUUUGUGACUGACAACAGCAGGCGGCACGAGAGGGCGAAGGUCAUCGACGUGACGGUGCCCCUGCAGUGCCUGGUGAAGGACUCCAAGCUCAUUCUCACAGAGGCCUCUAAGGCGGGCCUUCCGGGAUUCUACGACCCCUGCGUCGGCGAGGAGAAGAGCCUGAAGCUGCUGUACCAGUUCCGUGGUGUGAUGCACCAGGUCCUGUCCGGUGACACGGAACCACUCAGGAUACCGAAACAAUCACACAGGAUAGACGCUGAAACUUAGGAGCCGCCUCUCCACCUGGCCAGAACGGACAGGGCGAUGGACAGACAGACAGACACACACAAUGCAGACAGAGAAGGACGGG